CUUGGUGGGGGGUGGGGGCGCGGGAGGGUCUGCGAGAACAAAGAAUUACCGAGCACCCACAGAUCGUUUUUCUGGCGCAAAGUGCUACAACAGGGCUGUUUGGUUUAGGCAAGGUUAGGUAGCAGGCGACCUUUAAAAAAAAAAUGGCAUCCCGCUAAUCCUGAGGACCCUAGUUUUGUGGAUCGUGCCACAAAUCACCGGGGUGGCUUUAUCUCUCAGUUCGGAAACUAGAUCGGCAGCCGAAAGUGAUGGCUCAACUCGCCAGCAGUGGUGGCAUUAAUAAACAGGAGCUUUACGGAUGAAGUGUUGAGAGUUUUAUCAGGAUUCCUUUAAAAGGCAAAUUCCUCCUCUGCACUGCUCUUGUAGCUUAAUUUAAGGAUUCUAUCGAUGCUAAACUGUGGUUGUCGAUGCCAAAGAAUGGAGGUUGGAGGAAGGGAAGACUGCUUUUCUUGGAUGCAGAUUUGCAUUUCUCAAACAUUAAAGCAGAUGUAUGGAUUCCCUUGAGCGAUUGCAGAUUAUAACCUGCCCCUAGGAAAAUGUUUUCCAUGCCCAGUGACAGCGUGAUUUAUUCUUAAUGGACGCAACCUAAAUAUAUACUUAGCCAACUAUUUGGGUUACUUGUGUGGUAACCCACACCCUUUCAAAGCAGUAUUCAUACACAUGCCCAGCUCCUGUGUUUACGUGUUUAAACACUAAAGCUACAAGAGCAGUUUUGGAUCUAGAAAAGGGACAUAAUUUGGAAGGAUGAUACAAAUUACUUUUAAGAGUCUAAUAUGUUAGACAGUCUUGGCUGUCUGGUCCCUUUAAUGCCGUUUUCAGAAUUCAACUCUUCCCCUAUUUACUACAUCCCAUGCUUCAGUGGAAACCAGUAUUCUUCCUUUAACAUUAACACUGGAAGUUUUGUUUUGCAAACCCCCAUUUAAUUGUUUGAAAAAGGGGGUGGGGAGGGAAAGGUGCCAGUUCUGUUAUUGGUUCUGAUUUACUCAGUUAUUUUUGCCUUACAGUGAGACCGAAGCGCUGUAUUGAUGCCAUUUUAGUUCACAAUGAUGGUGCUCCAAAACUACAAAUAAGGGCCCUGUGGAGUUUUUGUUUUGGUGGGCCCUUUGGGUGGUUAAAAUUGGGCAAGGAUCCACCACCUUUUGACGGGUGUUUGAGAGCACCUCCAAUAGACAGUUCUGACAGUGUUUCAUGACAAUGGAUGGCGAUAGCUCGACCACAGACGCUUCUCAACUGGGCAUUUCCGCGGACUACAUUGGAGGAAGCCACUAUGUUAUACAGCCUCACGAUGAUACUGAGGACAGCAUGAAUGAUCAUGAAGAUACAAAUGGUUCAAAAGAAAGUUUCAGAGAACAAGAUAUUUAUCUUCCAAUUGCAAAUGUGGCUAGGAUAAUGAAAAAUGCCAUACCUCAAACAGGAAAGAUUGCAAAAGAUGCCAAAGAAUGUGUUCAGGAAUGUGUGAGUGAAUUCAUAAGCUUCAUCACGUCUGAAGCGAGUGAGCGCUGCCACCAGGAGAAGCGGAAGACGAUAAAUGGGGAGGAUAUUCUUUUCGCCAUGUCCACCCUAGGCUUCGACAGCUAUGUGGAGCCUCUGAAAUUGUAUCUUCAGAAGUUCAGAGAGGCCAUGAAAGGAGAGAAGGGCAUUGGUGGAGCGGUCUCGGCUACUGACGGGCUAAGCGAGGAGCUCACAGAAGAAGCCUUCACUAACCAGUUACCAGCUGGCUUAAUAACUGCAGAUGGCCAACAACAGAAUGUCAUGGUUUACACAACGUCCUACCAACAGAUUUCUGGUGUCCAGCAAAUUCAGUUUUCGUGAUCUGAAGAAAUGAUGGAAAAGGCUGUGGAGAGUCUGACCGAGUCUGGAACCGGCUCGGGAGGAAGUGAGGGCCAGGUCGCCUGUUUGUACAGUAAGCAGCUGUAAUGUAGCUUCCUGAUGCUUGACUCAUUGAGAAUCUUUUUCAUGGAUAAUUUUAAAGAAAAAAAUUGGACUUCAAAGGUAUUAAAAUAUUUUUGUUUUGUAUGAGAGUUUGUUGCUCUGUAUGACGCCUGUAUGCAUUGUAUAUUGCAAUUUAUUCCUGUCAGAGAUUUGUAGACAGUUUCUUAUUUUCAUAUUGAAUCAUGUUAUUUUGUAAUUCAAGUAAGCAGCUGGGUUAAUUCAUGAUGUUUGCCCUUUUAAUAAAAUAUGAGGGUAGAGUUCAUUUUGAAUGUAAGUUGCCUUUAUUAAAAUUUUGAGUUUGUCUUGGCUAUAUACUAUCUUGCAUGAUAACCUAGCUAGAUUUUUGCAUUUACUUUAUUUAUUGAAAUUAAUUUUUUUUGGUAAAAAAGUAAUAGCUUAAGCAGUAUCUUUUUUCAAUGUAAUUAAAUAAUGAAGUUGGAUGCAGAAGCAAGUAUUGUCUGGCCUAUAAACCUGGUGCCCAUCACUGUCCAUGACCUGUUCAGGUAGCUCUAGUUAUUAUGUGUUAGAAUUCAUUUCCGUUUGACAUAUAGUCCUACAGCCCUUAAGACAUUUUCUCUGCGCAGCUUUGGAGCCUGUUCUGGAACUAGCUCAGAAAACCAGGCUGGCCUCGAACUCACAGAGAUCCGCUUGCCUCUGCCUCCCGAGUGCUGGGAUUAAAGGUGUGCGCCACCACCGCCCAGGGAAGUAGUCCCUUUCUUAAAAUAUUACAGUGUCCUCUUCAAGAAGAGGGUGUCUUAGGUCACAAUAAUGUCAUACCACCUUUUGCACAGAAAGGUCAGACUCCUGUUGAGCUGUGGGGACUAGAAAGGCGGUUUACACGGAUGAGUGAACAGGCAGGAGAGUAGUGAAGACUGCGGACGGAGCAGCACGGAGCCUUGUGGUUGCCGUCAUGCUGUGCAGUGGACAGGAGAGGAUACAGCUUUGUACAGUUAGUAGUGUGUGCUUGGGUUCCCUUUUUAAAGUAAAGACGUAUUUUCCCAUCUAUUCUUCCUAGUAAUGAUUACUUUAAAUUUUUGUGCAUGUGGUGGUAGUUUUGUCUCUAUCAGAAAAUGGCUUAUUGUCCAGUUUGUCCAGAAGGAAAUUUGUGGGACUCUAGUGGAGGAAGGAGAGCAGUUUCCUGGAAAUAAGACGAAGGGUAACAGCCACUUUGCCAGGAGUCUUGGAGAACAUAGCUGGCUAUUCAGAGACAACUCCUCCCUCUUGUACCCCUUUCAAUAAUAGCUUCAUGGUAGAAAAUGCACACAGGAAAGAAAGGGAGAGGAUGGUUAAGCAAAGUCAUGUCACCGUACUGUGUUGAAAUAACCAAUGUUAAUAUUUUGAUAAAUCAUCUGUCCUUUUACUUUGCUAAAUAUGUAUAUUUUUAUAAAAAUGGGCUUAUGUUGUGCACACUGUUUGUAACCAGCUUUUUCACUUAAUAUAUUGUGAACAUCUUCCCAGGUUGUGAAUGGCCUUUUGCAUCAUGUUUACUGGGUUUUUAUUCUGUUGUAUGACUAAAUCAUGAUUAAUUUAUUUAA